UUGUGAAGCGCCGCAAAUUUCUAGAAAUGAAGACCACGCCGAAGAAGAAGGAGAUGUCCCUGCGCCUUCGGGAGUCGCGUCGGGAGGAGCAGAAACCAGAGACGACCAACCAACCGCCGGACGACGAUGCAGAGUCGGAUUUGCCCAUUCGGGGCCGUCCCUCGAAGAAGCUGCUCCUCCAGCAGCAACAGCAGCGCCAGUUCCAAGUCAAGCUGGAGCCAGAUGUCAAGGCGGUUACUGCGGGCGUCAGCGGAAAGCCGUCGACAUCGUCGAGUGCAGCCGCCGCCGCCGCCGGAGGACGCAUCAAGGCCAGGAGAGUGCUCUACAAGAAGAAUGUUGGCGGAGCGGCAGCAGCCCAGAAGGCUCCCGGCGAGUCCUACGUGAUGCGCCUGUUUGAGCGUAGUUUGGACCUUUCCAAAUACCAGGAUGGGACUCCUUUGUACCCCAUAUGCCGCGCCUGGAUGGCGAAUCAACCCAGAAAUCCCGCUGUGGCCGCUUUUCAAACAGAUGGUUCUUUUACGGCCACCAAACGUGAGGACAACGGCGAGGAGAUCCUGUCCCAAUUGAAAAGCGGUGAGAUGAAGAUGCUCACGCAGCUGCCGCAGCCAAAGUCCACGGAUCUACCCAUAAUUCCGCCUCGUCUGGAGUUUAGCCAGGAGGAAAAGAAGCGGGAGAAGGCUAUGGAAGGGGCAAGUGCUUUCGAUCUGCUUUCCUCGAAUGUGAACCGCUGGAAGAAGGUGCGCGGACACUGGCUGAAGCAUAUCAAGAAAUACGAAAAGGAGCGCUAUGAAGUUAUUGACAAGAUUAUGAACGUGGUCUGCAAGAACUGAAGCUUAUCUAGGUGAUUUCGGAAGGGGUAUAAAGAAUGCAAAAUGACCUGGAUUAAUUGUAAAAAAAAAGGAUUAAAAAAAUCCUGUUACCACUGAAUUGAAUAUAUAUGCGAAUAAGAUGAUUUUACACUUUAUAUAUAAUAAAUAAAAUUAAACUUGUCAAAUAGACUAGUGCAAGUUUAUCAAGAAAACGA